AAUUGUCGCCGUAACACAAGUAGGGCUACUUUUGCACUAUAAAAACAAGGCUAAAGAAAAUAUCUCCUUCCCAUUCUCUCUUUCGUUAAACCCUAAACUUCCCCUUAGGGUUUUGCAGUCUCCUCUUGCUGCUUUCCCCUUAUUAAACCCUUUCCGUUCCUUUUUUGCACAAUCAAAGGCUCGAAAUGGGUAAAUCUGCUAAGAAGUCCGCCACCAAGGUUGAUGCUGCUGUAGUUGCUCCCACCAAACCCUUGAAGAAAGGGAAGAGAGAAGCUGAGGCUGAAAUUGAGAAGAUAGUGAGUGCAAAGAAGCAGAAGAAAGACGUGGCUGUAGCACAAGCUGUUGAGAAAAAAAAGAGUGAUACAAAGACUCAAAAGAAAAAGAAACAAGAAAGCAGCUCCUCUGACGAUAGUUCUGAGUCAGAAGACGAGAAGCCUACUAAAGCAGUGGCGCCUCCUAAGAAAGUGGCUCCUGCCAAAAAUGGAAAAUUAGCCAGCAGUUCAGAUGAUUCAGAUUCUUCAGACGAGGAUGAAGCUCCUCCUCCUAAGAAAGUUGUUGCAGCUUCAGCUAAGAAUGGUGUAGCUGCUAAGAAGAAAGAUGAGUCAAGUGAUGAUUCUAGUUCAGAGGAUGAUAGCAGCUCUGAGGAAGAUGUACCUGCAGCCAAGAAACCUGCUGCUAAUGGCUCUGCUGCAGUUUCUAAGAAAGAUGAGUCAAGUGAUGAGUCUAGUUCUGAGGAUGAUAGCAGCUCUGAGGAUGAUGCUGUUGCUAAGAAGGCUGCACCUAAAAAGGGUCUUGCUGCUGCUGCCUCCAAGAAGGAAGAAUCCAGUGAUGACUCCAGUUCAGAUGAUGAUGAACCUGCCUCUAAGGUAGCUGCUGCUCAACCAGCAAAAGCUCCUCAAGCUGCAAAGAAGACUGGUGACAGCUCAGAGGAAACCGAUUCUGAUGAAGAUGAUUCUGAUUCUGAUGCAGACAAGGGAAAGACUGCUGCUGUAUCUAAAAAGAAGGUUGAGUCUAGCAGCGACAGCUCUGAUGAAGAAUCUGAAGAAAGUGAUGAAGAAGAGUCUCAAAAGAAGAAGAUCAAGCCCUCUAGCGCUCCAGCUGUCUCCAAGAAGGAGAGUAGUUCUGAGGAAUCUUCUGAGGAAGACGAGUCUGAAGAAGAAGAGGAUGAGAAACCAUCCAAAACUCCCAAGAAGGAUGCUGAUGUGGAAAUGGUCGAUGCUGAUUCCUCUAAAGCUCAAAAGACCCCUAUUACCCCUAAAGCUCAGACUCCAGGGUCAAAAACAUUGUUUGUUGGAAAUCUAUCCUAUUCUGUUGAACAGGCCGAUGUGGAGAAUUUCUUCAAAGAUGCUGGGGAAGUUCAGGAAGUGCGCUUUUCUACACAUGAAGAUGGUUCUUUUAAGGGCUAUGGUCAUGUUGAAUUUGUAACUGCUGAAGCUGCACAGAAGGCACUUGAACUAAAUGGACAAGACCUCUUGGGCCGUGCUGUGAGAUUAGACCUGGCUCGAGAGAGGGGAGAGUAUACACCACGAACUGGGAGAGAAGAAAACUCAUUCCAGAGGCAAGGUAGAAGUGAAGGAACAACAAUUUUUGUUAGGGGUUUUGACAAAAAUGAGGCCGAAGACCAGAUUAGGAGUUCACUUGAGGAGCAUUUUGCAUCUUGUGGUAAGAUCUUUAAAACAAGAAUUCCUACAGACCCAGAAGGCUAUAUUAAAGGGAUGGCUUAUAUUGAGUUUGCAAAUGGUGAUAGUGAUGCUUUGAACAAAGCCCUGGAACUCGAUGGAUCAGAAGUCGGAGGUUAUAACUUGACAGUGCAAGAGGCAAAACCAAGGGGUGAUAGUUCUGGUGGAGGCAGAGGUUUUGGUGGUAGAAGUGGUGGUAGGGGAGGUGGUAGAGAUAGUGGUGGCCGGUUUGGUGGCCGCGGUGGUGGUGGACGCUUUAGUGGUGGUGGUCGUAGUGGUGGCGGUGGCGGCCGUUUUGGUGGUGGUGGCCGUUUUGGUGGUGGAGGCAGAGGACGAGGAACUCCCAACAGGCCAAGCUUCACUCCAUCUGGUAAGAAGACAACCUUUAAUGAUGAGUAACUUCAAGUUCAAGAGUCCGACUUAUCAACUUCUCUCUCCUUAAUCUCUUAGUUUUGGUUUGGAAUAUUAUAAAUUUGUGAGUUAAGCAAGAACUUCGGAAUGUAGUAGUUAGUAUAAGAUUCAGUAUAAUUUUGUUUCCUCAAGUUAUUGUGUCAUUUAAACCAUUCAUUUUGGGUGGAAAGUGAGUUCUUCAUAUUCAGUGGUUGGUAGCAGACA